AUGAAAGAGAAGAUGCAGCGAGUGUUUUUUUGUUUAGCAAUGGUGGUCUUUAUGCUUCUUGGUGUUGCUUCUCCCAUGAACGACGAAGGGAAAGCUUUGAUGGCGAUAAAAGGGUCGUUUAGCAACUCCGUGAAUAUGCUUUUGGAUUGGGACGAUGUUCACAACUCUGACUUCUGUUCUUGGAAAGGUGUCUUCUGCGACAACGUUAGCUUCUCCAUUGUCUCUCUAAAUUUGUCCGGUCUGAACCUUGGAGGGGAGAUAUCUCCAGCUGUUGGAGAUCUACGGAAUUUGCAAUCAAUAGACUUGCAAGGAAAUAAUUUGGCUGGUCAAAUUCCAGAUGAGAUUGGAAACUGUGCUUCUCUUGUUUAUCUGGAUUUCUCUAACAAUAUGUUAUAUGGAGACAUACCCUUCUCAAUCUCCAAACUCAAGCAGCUCGACACUCUGAACUUAAAGCACAACAACCUCACAGGCCCAAUACCAGCAACGUUAACUCAGAUUCCAAACCUUAAGAGACUUGAUCUUGCAGGCAACAAUCUAACGGGUGAGAUACCGAGGCUACUUUACUGGAAUGAAGUUUUGCAAUACCUUGGGUUACGUGGGAAUAUGUUAACAGGAAUGUUGUCUUCCGAUAUGUGUCAACUAACCGGUCUGUGGUACUUUGAUGUGAGAGGGAAUAAUCUAACUGGACCUAUUCCUGAGAGCAUUGGAAAUUGCACAAGCUUUGAAAUCCUGGACAUAUCUUAUAACCAGAUAACUGGAGAGAUUCCUUACAAUAUUGGUUUUCUCCAAGUCGCUACCCUGUCACUGCAAGGAAACAGAUUGACUGGUAGAAUCCCGGAAGUUAUUGGUCUGAUGCAGGCUCUUGCUGUUUUAGAUUUGAGUGACAAUGAGCUAGUUGGUCCCAUCCCACCGAUACUUGGGAAUCUCUCAUUUACCGGAAAGUUGUAUUUGCAUGGCAACAAACUCACAGGUCCCAUCCCACCUGAGCUUGGGAAUAUGUCACAUCUCAGCUACUUGCAACUAAACGACAAUCAACUAGUGGGAACUAUCCCACCUGAGCUUGGGAAGCUGGAAGAAUUGUUUGAAUUGAAUCUUGCCAACAACCGUUUGGUAGGGCCUAUACCAUCCAACAUUAGUUCAUGUGCAGCCUUGAAUCAGUUCAAUGUUCAUGGUAACCUCUUGAGUGGAUCUAUACCAUUGGCGUUUCGCAACCUCAGGAGCUUGACUUAUCUAAAUCUCUCGUCCAACAAUUUCAAGGGUAAAAUACCAGCUGAGCUUGGACAUAUAAUCAAUCUUGACAAACUAGAUUUGUCUGGCAAUAACUUCUCAGGGUCUAUACCAAUAACCCUUAGUGAUCUAGAACACCUUCUCAAAUUAAAUCUCAGCAGAAAUCAUCUUAACGGGCAAUUGCCUGCAGAGUUUGGGAACCUCCGAAGCAUUCAAAUGAUUGAUAUAUCAUUCAAUCUACUCUCCGGAGUUAUUCCCACUGAGCUUGGCCAAUUGCAGAAUUUAAACUCUUUAAUUUUGAGCAACAACAAGCUUCAUGGAGAAAUUCCAGAUCAGCUUACUAACUGCUUCACACUUGUCAAUCUGAAUGUCUCCUACAACAAUCUCUCCGGGAUAGUCCCACCAAUGAAAAACUUCUCACGUUUUGCUCCAGCCAGUUUCAUUGGAAAUCCAUAUCUCUGUGGAAACUGGAUUGGAUCUAUUUGCGCUCCUUCUUCCCCGAAAUACCGAGCAUUCUCCAAAGCUGCUGUGAUCUGCAUUGUUCUUGGCUUCAUCACUCUCCUAUGUAUAUUACUUAUCGCACUUUACAAAUCGAAGCAGCAGAAGAAACUCCUUACAGGCUCCUCAAAACAAGCUGAAGGGUCAACAAAGCUAGUGAUUCUCCAUAUGGACAUGGCGAUUCACACAUUUGAUGAUAUAAUGAGUGUAACAGAGAACUUCAGCGAAAAGUACAUCGUUGGAUAUGGUGCUUCAAGCACAGUCUACAAAUGCACUUUGAAAACUUCCCGACCUAUUGCCAUUAAGCGACUCUACAAACAGUAUCCUCACAACUUGCGCGAGUUUGAGACAGAGCUCGAGACCAUUGGGAGCAUAAGGCACAGAAACAUAGUAAGCUUGCAUGGAUACGCCUUGUCUCCUGUUGGAAACCUUCUUUUCUAUGAUUACAUGGAAAAUGGAUCUCUUUGGGACCUUCUUCAUGGGUCAUUGAAGAAGGUGAAGCUUGAUUGGGAGACGAGGCUGAAGAUAGCGGUUGGUGCAGCGCAAGGACUAGCCUAUCUUCACCAUGAUUGUACUCCUAGGAUUGUUCACCGUGACAUCAAAUCGUCCAAUAUACUUCUUGAUGAGAACUUCGAAGCUCGUUUGUCGGAUUUCGGGAUUGCUAAGAGCAUACCAGCAAGCAAGACUCAUGCCUCGACUUAUGUUUUGGGAACAAUCGGUUAUAUAGAUCCAGAGUAUGCUCGUACCUCGCGUCUGAAUGAGAAAUCUGAUAUCUACAGCUUCGGGAUUGUUCUUCUUGAGCUUCUUACCGGGAAGAAGGCAGUGGAUAACGAAGCUAACUUGCAUCAACUGAUAUUGUCAAAGGCUGAUGAUAAUACUGUGAUGGAAGCGGUUGAUCCGGAGGUUACUGUGACUUGUAUGGACUUGGGACAUAUCAGGAAGACAUUUCAGUUGGCUCUCUUGUGCACUAAGCGAAACCCUUUAGAGAGACCAACAAUGCUUGAAGUCUCUAGGGUUCUGCUCUCUCUUCUUCCAUCUCUACAAGUGGAGAAGAAGCCGUCCUCUCUUCCAUUUCCGCCUACGAAAAAGUCUAUAGACAAUGGAGCUAAGGACCAGCAGAAGCAGCAGCAAGAUAGGAGUGUAGUUAAGAACCGUGAGGAAGAAGCAACGCAAUGGUUUGAUCAGUUCCAUGAAGUUAUCUCCAAAAGUAGCGUAUGA